AUGGCUCCGCGACCUCGAUCAAACGGCGUGGACACCGACGCGUCCAUGUCUGACGCCCCAGAGCAGCCUCGUGCUGAGGAAAUGGAGGUCGAUGAAACUCCCGACUAUACCGACUCCGAUACCAACCCCAACACCACAGCUAGCAGCGUGGCCGGCGAACCCCUCACAGACGGAAGGAAGCGACGCACCGAGGCGAAUCAAUUGCGUCGAAGUAUCUUUGGAAAGAAACAUGAUCGCCUUGGUGAAUCAAAGGAAGAUGACACAAUUCGAAGAUUUCGUUACCUUCUCGGUCUUACCGACUUGUUCCGGCACUUCAUCGAGACAAAUCCCGACCCCAAGAUCCGAGAAAUCAUGACCGAGAUUGACCAUCAGAAUGCCGAAGCUGCUCGAGCCAAGAAAGGCGCUGGCAGGAAAGGAGGCGCUACAAGCGAUAGACGGCGACGAACUGAAGCUGAAGAAGAUGCAGAGCUCCUGAGCGACGAGAAACAUGGCGGAUCCGCUGAUACUGUUUUCAGAGAGUCACCUUCCUUUGUACAAGGACUUAUGAGAGACUACCAGGUUGCUGGUCUGAAUUGGCUAAUCUCACUGCAUGAGAACGGUAUUUCGGGUAUCUUGGCUGACGAAAUGGGCUUGGGAAAAACACUACAGACCAUUGCCUUUCUGGGUUAUCUCCGCCACAUCAUGGGUAUUACUGGACCACAUCUUGUGACAGUACCCAAGUCAACGCUCGACAACUGGAAGCGCGAAUUUGCAAAGUGGACCCCAGAAGUCAAUGUGCUUGUGCUCCAGGGUGCCAAAGAUGAGCGUCAUGAGCUCAUCAAUGAACGCCUCGUCGACGAGAAAUUUGACGUCUGCAUUACUAGUUACGAGAUGGUUUUGAGGGAAAAGUCGCAUCUCAAGAAAUUUGCUUGGGAGUAUAUCAUCAUUGAUGAGGCGCAUCGCAUCAAAAACGAAGAAUCAUCUCUAUCGCAGGUCAUCCGACUCUUCAACUCCCGCAACAGACUUCUCAUUACAGGUACACCUCUGCAAAACAACUUGCACGAGCUCUGGGCCCUGCUCAAUUUCCUUCUUCCUGAUGUCUUUGGCGAUGCCGAUGCAUUUGACCAAUGGUUCUCAGGACAAGACCAAGACCAGGACAAGGUCGUUCAGCAGUUGCAUAGAGUCUUGCGCCCGUUCUUGCUCCGACGUGUCAAGAGUGAUGUUGAAAAGAGUCUCUUGCCAAAGAAGGAAGUCAAUGUAUACUUGGGCAUGUCUGAGAUGCAGGUCAAAUGGUAUCAAAAGAUUUUGGAAAAGGAUAUCGAUGCUGUCAAUGGUGCUGGAGGAAAGCGAGAGUCCAAGACCAGGCUUUUGAACAUUGUGAUGCAGCUACGAAAGUGCUGCAAUCACCCCUACCUCUUUGAGGGCGCUGAGCCAGGUCCCCCUUACACAACUGAUGAACAUUUGAUCUACAAUGCAGGCAAGAUGAAGGUCUUGGACAAGCUGCUAGCACGACUUGAGAAGCAGGGCAGCAGAGUCCUAAUCUUUUCUCAAAUGAGCCGAUUGCUUGAUAUCUUGGAAGAUUAUUGCGUCUUUAGGCAGUACAAGUAUUGCCGUAUUGAUGGUGGAACCGCUCACGAGGACCGAAUUGCUGCCAUCGACGACUACAAUAAGCCUGGGUCAGAAAAAUUUGUCUUUCUGCUGACAACGAGAGCUGGUGGUUUGGGCAUCAACCUGACAACGGCGGACAUCGUCAUUCUUUACGACAGCGAUUGGAACCCGCAGGCGGAUCUGCAGGCCAUGGAUCGUGCGCAUCGUAUCGGACAGACAAAACAAGUCGUAGUGUACAGAUUCGUCACCGACAAUGCUAUCGAAGAGAAGGUGCUCGAACGAGCAGCCCAAAAAUUACGACUCGACCAGGUCGUCAUUCAACAGGGACGUGCUCAGGUUGCAGCCAAGGCCGCUGCAAACAAGGAUGAGCUCUUAAAUAUGAUCCAGCAUGGUGCCGAGAAGGUGUUCCGAUCCAAGGGCCCCACUGAUGAAACGGCAGACAAAGAGAAGGAAUUGAAUGAUGAAGAUAUCGACGAGAUCUUGAAUCGAGGCGAGUCACGUACCAAAGAGCUUAAUGCCAGGUAUGAGAAGCUUGGCAUUGAGGAUCUUCAGAAAUUCACAUCCGAAUCUGCCUACGAGUGGAAUGGAGAAAACUUCGCCCAGGCCAAGAAGAAUAUUGGCAUGAACUGGAUCAAUCCAUCUAAGCGAGAACGCAGAGAGCAGAGCUACUCUAUGGACAAAUACUUUAGACAGGCCAUGUAUCCCAAUCCCAAGGCCGACGCCAAGCCCAAAGCUCCCCGAGCGCCCAAGCAGGUACCAGUCCAUGACUAUCAAUUCUAUCCGCCUCGUUUGCAGGAUCUUCAGGAUAGAGAAACGGCCUUUUACCGCAAGGAAAUUGGCUACAAGGUGCCCCUGCCAGACGGGGAGGAUGAUAACUUAUCAGAACGCGAAGCUGAGAGAGCGCUUGAGCAGCAAGAGAUUGAUAAUGCCACACCGCUUACGGAAGAAGAGCGAGCGGAGAAGGAGGAGCUCUCCAACCAGGGAUUUGGCCACUGGAACCGCCGCGAUUUCCAACAGUUUGUGAACGGAUCUGGCAAAUACGGACGAAAUGAUUUCCAGGGCAUUUCCAAUGAGAUUGACAGCAAGACGCCAGCGGAAAUUCGUGCCUAUGCCAAGGUGUUUUGGCAGCGAUACACUGAAAUUCAUGACUACCCCAAAUACCUCAAAGUAAUUGAGGAUGGAGAGGAACGUACGAGGCGCAUCGACCACCAGGGCAAGCUUCUUCGCAAGAAGAUGCAGCAGUACCGUGUGCCUCUCCAGCAGCUAAAGAUCAAUUACUCAGUGUCUACUACCAACAAGAAAGUCUACACUGAAGAGGAAGAUCGCUUCUUGCUGGUUCUUCUUGACCGCAACGGAAUCGAUUCUGAGGGUCUCUACGAAAAGAUGCGAGAUGAGAUUCGCGAAUCUCCUCUGUUCCGAUUUGAUUGGUUUUUCUUGAGCCGCACACCUAUCGAGCUGUCGCGACGAUGCAACACAUUGCUUACAACUAUUGUCAAGGAGUUUGAGGAGGGUGGUGGAACCGGCAAAGGUUCAAAUGGCGUCAACGGCAAAUCGAAACGCGACCUUGAUGACGAAAAUGACGAGGAUAGCAUCCUGAGCUUGGCUCCGGCAAAGAAGAAGUCUAAGAAUGGCGUCAAGAAUAAGGCUCUUGAUAACGUCAAGUCAAAGUCUAGCAAAGCCAGCUCUGCUUCGCCAUCAAGAGCUUCCAGUGUUGCUUCCAACGCCAACUCAAACGCCGGUGGUUCUACAAAGGGCAAGAAGACCAAGGCGGUAGGUAGAAAGAAGAAAUGAGGAAGAAACGAAUUUUCCUCAUCAUCUUAUUAAAAGCCCAGAACGCGAAAAGGAACGAAUGACAAAAAAAGGAAGUCGAAGAAAGAUGAUGAUGAGCUGGCUAGAGGGAACAAACCAGGUUUCAGGAGGACAGGACGUGGAUACGAAAUUUUAGAAAGGUUUUAUAACCAAAAUUUUAUGGUGGCGGCGUUUCAUUCUUGGGAGAGAUUAAUACGAAUCAAAUUGAACUUGUGUGGAGGUUUGCUCUGUCGGCGGAGACAUGCAUCUUUUUUACCUGGCCUUUGGUGCUCGUCGUGUAGGAAACGAUACCGACGAUUCUUGAAGGCUUUUUUCCUGUUUAAAACAAGAGAAAACAAAGAUAGUCACGCUGAGUGUAAGUAGGUAGUAAUGCAAAGAAAGCAUCUGACUUGAGAAACGCCGCCAUAGAAAGAAUAAACGCAUAUAACUACUACAUCUUUUCGAAUGGGGUACAGGGGGGCACGAUUGCAGUGCUUCAAAGUGAUAUGCACAUCUCUACAUAUCAAAUUUAUCGCUUUCGACGUUGACAGCUUGUUUGUUUGUUUUUGCUCUUCUUCUUUCCCCCUUUAUUCUCUCUCUCUACAGCAACAAAGAGACACCUAGUAAGGAUUACAUACGGGAAUUUGAGCAUCCCACUUCUCUCCCUUCCAGCAAGAAGACUUUGUUUGUUUCCCUUUCCGCCCUCCCAAAACGCCGUACAAUAUGUUUAACGCAUGCAAGCAAGCAAGCAAGCAGUCCGCAAUAAUCAAAACACAGACUGAUCAUUUCUGUCUUCCCUUAUUUUUCAUUUCCCUCCUUCCCUUUUCCUCUCUAUAGGUCUUCCCUUCUUCUUUGGUUUAACAUCCAGGCCAAAAUGAAAUGAAAAAACGGAGGAUUGAGAAAAAGUUGUUCUUUCUUUCAAAGAGGUAAUUUUUCGUCUGUCCGGCCGCUUUUACUCCAGUCGGUUCAAGCGCUCCCUCUCAACCUCGUAGUUGAAAUCGAAAUAGCCCUUGUCGAAGUGGUGGACACGGACGUAACCGUCCUCUCCUCCACUGGCAUAGCUACGACCGGUGGGGUCAGCAGCAACGGUGUUGAGAGGACCGAAGUGGCCACGGACACGGCCAAUCUCGUCUUCGAAAACCUUGUGGUAGAAUCUGGCCUCGAAUCGACCCUGGCGGCCGGAGGUGGUGGUGACUUCCAUGGCGGCCUGACCACCUCCCAGAAUAACAAAGUCCUUCUUGGGGGUGAUUGUGGCGCUGUUGAGAGGGGUGUCUGCCGGGUAGGUCUUGAGGGUGGUGAGAUCGCGAGCAGAGAUGAGCUGGCAGUCUUGUCUCGGCAAGCAGUGAUGAAGUAGGUCCUGUCGGGUGACCACUGCAGGUCGACGAUGGGCUUGUCCAGCUCGUGGGCAGUGACCUUGUCCAGCAGCUCGCCGGUCUUGGCGUCGUACUGGCUGACACUGCCGUCCUCGUGGCCGGCGAUGAUGUACUGGCUGGCCUGGCUCCAGCCAGCAACGGUGGCCUUGCUCUCGUCGCAGACAAUGGUCAGGGAUCUCUCGUCGGUCUGCUCGGCGUUGAUGUCCGGGUUGAUGUCGAUGACGACGAUGUUGCUCAGGUAACCCAUACGCUUCUCGGUAACGCCCAGCAGCUUGGUUCCGUCCUCGUUGAACUCGACACGCUUGACGGCGGUGGGGAACUCCCAGGUCUUGAGGCACUUGCCGGUCUUGACCUCCCACAGGCGGAUGGUGUUGUCGGCUGAGCCAGAGGCAAUCAUGGUGGAGGUAGGGUCGACGUCGACGGUCCAGAUGGCACCGACGUGGCCGUGGUAGGUUCCUAGACGCUCGCCAUUGUGGGAAAACCAGACACAGAUCUGCUGGUCCUUUGCGACGGAGAAGAUGAGAUCACCAUCGAGGUUGUAUCUGAUCUGGGUGAGAGCACGCUCGUGCCCGGCAAG